AACGACAAGCUUGCAGGGACUUAAAGGCCAAAGAAAAAUGAACUCUUGGAUGUUCUCCGCAGUCAUGGCGACCUUAAUGCUAACAGCUGUAGUCCACGCUCAAGAGUAUCCGGAAUACGGGCACGUUAAAGACGUUUACGAGACCACACCUCCGCCAAAAUACGAGCCCAAAGCCGAACCAAAAUACCAGCCCAGUUAUGCGCCAAAAUCCCAGACUAGUUACGCGCCAAAAUCCCAGCCCAGUUAUGAGCCUAAAUACCAGCCCAGUUAUGAGCCAACAUACCAGCCUAGUUAUGCGCCAAAAUCCCAGCCCAGUUAUGCGCCGAAAUACGAGCCCAGUUAUGCGCCAAAAUACCAGCCCAGUUAUGAGCCAAAAUACCAGCCCAGUUAUGAGCCAAAAUACCAGCCCAGUUAUGAGCCAAAAUCCCAGCCCAGUUAUGAGCCAAAAUCCCAGCCCAGUUAUGAGCCGAAAUACGAGCCCAGUUAUGAGCCAAAAUACGAGCCCAGUUAUGAGCCAAAAUACGAGCCCAGUUAUGAGCCAAAAUACGAGCCCAGUUACGAGCCAAAAUACCAGCCCAGUUAUGAGCCAAAAUACGAGCCCAGUUAUGAGCCAAAAUACCAGCCAAGUUAUGCGCCCAAACAUGAGCCUAGUUACGAGCCAAAAUACGAUUUAAAAUACGAGCCUAGUGAUGAGCCAAAAUACGAGCCAAAAUACGAGCGAAAAUACGAGUCAAAACACGAGCCCAAAUACGAGUCAAAAUACGAGCCUAGUGACGAACCAGAAUACGAUUCCAAACACGAGUCAAAAUACAAGUCAAAACACGAGUCAAAACACGAUGACGGUUACGAAAAGCCAGACUGCAUGGAAGGGCUGAAAAAAUGCGCGAGCGAGUUCAUCUCAAAAUCCAUCUUCCGCCUUUUCGACUUGACGCGCAUGUGCAAAAACGCCCGGGAUUUCGUCACUUGCUCAUUGAAGCAGAAGAACUGUGAAUUGCUGGGGAUCAUUGAAAAACACGUGGGCCUACUAUUGGGGCUCCAUCACGGAGAAAGGUGUAUCUUGCCCCUGAUUGGACCAUUACGUCACUAAUCAGUGCCCGAUGUGUAUUGACCAGAAAAGGCCAUAAAAAUGCAAAGUGUUGUCGUUUCUUUCAGACGUGUGGACAGCCAUCAGGAAUAAGUUGCCUAUGGUUUUUUAGCAAUUAAAAAUUCCUGC